UUUGUUACAGAUAUUGUACAACCAACAUGUGUUCUGGAUUCGGAUUUUGGAUUCAAGAUAAACUGCGCAUUCAAAAAAUCGGGACUAUUCAGGGUACGGAAUCUCGGGGGUAUAAAGGCUCAUGCUAGUUUAGGUUUCAGUUUGGGCGACGAGCUCGGCUUCGAGCAGUCUCUUACAAAUCUGGACCCGAGCAGACGAAGAUCUGUCAACGUCAGAAAUGGGGUCCCGCCUAAUGUGGUUGGUGAUUCUACUGCGAGACCAGCUGGUAAACAGGAGAAACGUGGAAAACAAAACCGUAUUAUGAUGCGUCCAAUGGCUCCUGCCAGCCGCCCCAACCAAGCAGCAAUGGACAAGCUCUCUAGUCUACAUCGUCGUGUAUCAAGCACUAUGCAGCCCAUUAUUGUAGGACCUACUAUCGAAGCACCUAACACAAGAAUGUCACCGGGAGUGACCUUAGCGAAGCCAGUACCCAUGGGCGUGCCUCCCUUCAAACCACUGCCCCCCAAGGAAGACACUCUCAAAGUCGUACCAAUAUCAUCUACGAGGAAGUCAUAUACACCGCUUCAAAUUCCAGAGUCCAAAGGACCCGGCCUGGCUUACCAAAGUGAGAAUUACCCACAAACGCUAGCAUCACACAAUCAAGUCUCUAAAAUGGUGUCACAAAUGACAGCAGUACAAUUUGCUCAGCCACAGAUACUCAAAAUAACUCCAACUCCCAUCAUUGUUAACACUCCAAAAUUAUACUCCAUGGCUACAACAGUCAACCCAUUCAUUCCAAUGCCUGUAGCUGCUCCACCAACACAAGCCAUAUCAAUUAUACCUGGACCCAUGUUCAAUGACUUUUCACGUACACAUCCAUCUAAUACACCCAUUUAUCAAACCUCAAUCCAAAACAAUCCUGUUUCUAAUUUUGUAGAUCCUGUUCCUAAGCAAGUACACGAAAUUGCGAACCAAUUUUCUGCGUACAACACAAAGAAGAUAGAUGAUUACAAUACAAUAUCAGGAUACGGAGAUGAUACGACGCUGAAAUUUAAUAAAGAAGAUAUAAAUGCUAAAAUCUCGGAGAUUGCAAAAGCAGGGAAUAUUUCUAUGGAAGCAGUGGAGGCUGCAAUAGCAUUAAGACAGCAGCAGUUAUUAAAUAAAUACACAAAUUUCCCUGUGCCUACGUCAACUACCUCUACUACUACGACGACCACAGAACUACCGGUGGUGUUCCAUCCAGAGCCUGAGCCUGAAAUCGUGGUUGCUUCGGUGGUUCAGAAGCCAAAAAGAAUCAGUCCAACUACAGGGAAAGUGAUGAAUGCACCACGGGAGUAUUAUCCAGUCGGGUAUGAAAAGAAUUUUGAUGAUCAUUUCCAGUCCAAAGUCGAUCUCCCGGAAACCACGUUCCACUGUGGAGAUCAGAAAUACUUCCCUGGAUUAUACGGAGAUGAGAAUCUUGGAUGCAUGGUGUUCCACGUUUGUGCUUUGACCGAUGAUGGAUUAGUGAUGAAGUCAUUUUUAUGUCCCGAGUCUACACUGUUCGAUCAAACUAUACUGAAAUGCAACUGGUGGUUCUACGUGGACUGUAAAAACACUAGACGAUUGUACGACACAAACAUACCGGUGUCGAAGAGCUAUCAACUAAUGAAGGCAUUGACAUUCUUCUCCUCUUAUAAGAAAGAGGUUCAAGAGGAUGGUCAACCUACACACCCAGAAGUAGAGGAUGGCAUAAAAGAAGCGAUAUCAAUUCUAGGAAACCAAGACAGUACCAACCCUGUUCGUAGUGGUCCUAAUGAUUUACAAAUUAUUACUCCCCAACCAUUCAUUGUUGACGAGAGAAAUAAAGGAUCUGUAUCAACCGACGAGACUCCAGUGUAUCGUGCAAACAGAAAUGUUAAUAUUUCUAACAGAACAAGUAACACAAAUAGAAGUACUUCUAAACCAAAGACUGAAGAAAACCAAAGCAGUUCAGAAUAUAAGCUCAUAACUGUUAAUGCUGAUAUAAAUUUUAAUAAAAGUAAAGUCAGUUCCACUGAAGACAUAUCACGAAUUAGUUCAGCAGAAAGAAAACAUAGACGUAGGAUGACUUUGAGAAACAGCAGUGGUCCUACAACUAGAGCUACUACUCCUAUUACUACUACCAGUAGUACCAGUACAACCAGUAGUACUACUGUAACUAAUAAGUCUGUUGAAACUACUACUUCUACAGUAGAGAUAAUCAAACAGGAUAUUCAGCCAAUAGAACACUUCACUGCCUCAGAUGUGAGACAAGAGAAAUUAACAGACCAACUUGAUCCCUUACACAAGCUAGAUUCAUAUUUAUAUGAAGCAGAAAAGUCUCCACCUGUUAAAAGAUUUUAUAGAUCAAGCGCAGAAAAGAACAGUAAAGAAGAGAAGGAGAUGGCAAUGGUGAAUAAUGAAAAGGUUCAGAUAAUUAGACCUACCUCAUUUCUUAAGUUGAUUGGUGAAUACCCCACUCCUACUGCUACGAUAGCAAAGUUAGAUGAAGCUGUUUUGGGAAGGUCUACGAGGUUUAAAAAGGCAGCCGUCACAAUAGUUACGCCUGAAGCAUAUAAAAAGCCUGUUGGUAAUACAAUUAAAGAUCAAACAUAGUCUGCAAUGAUCGUAAUAGUCAAUUACUAUUAAAUUUAAGUGUCAUAAAACUUCUUGUUAACUUAUUUAUUUUCUCUUCAGAUACGUAAUGUAGUGUUGAACUUUUAACUUACGUGUUUGCUCAAAGUGUUAUUAGUUAGUGGAUUCAGUCAAGUGAUAUUAUGGUGUAUGUUUUAUAGUUGUAUAAUA